AUAUUACAUUUUAAUAUUAAUAUUAUAUGUAUAUAUAACAUAUUAUAUUAGUAUUAUGUGUUCUAUUACAUUAUAAUAUCAAUAUUAUAUGUAUAUACAAUACAUUAUUAGUAUUAUGUGCUAUUAUAUUACAUUUUAAUAUUAUAUGUAUAUACAAUAUGUUACUAGUAUUACGUGCUAUUAUAUUACAUUUUAAUAUUAAUAUUAUAUGUAUAUACAGUAUGUUAUAUUACUAGUAUGCCAUAAAAUUAGUAUUAUUAUGUGAUGUUAUUAUGUUUCGGGUACAUGGCCAUACAGCCCAAAAAACUUGCAACAGCCCAUUCAUUCUGUCCUUGAAAGCCUUCGACAACAUGGUGUUAUUGUUUAGUGGGUCCAGGGUGGUGUUAUUUAGUGAGUCCAGGGUGGUGUUAUUUAGUGAGUCCAGGGUGGUGUUAUUUAGUGAGUCCAGGGUGGUGUUAUUUAGUGAGUCCAUUGUGUUAUUGUUUAGUAGAUCCAGGGUGGUGGUGUUAUUUAGUGAGUCCAGGGUGGUGGUGUUAUUUAGUGAGUCCAGGGUGGUGUUGUUAUUUAGUGGGUCCAGGGUGGUGGUGUUAUUUAGUAGAUCCGGGGUGUUGUUGUUUAGUAGAUCCAGGGUGGUGGUGUUAUUUAGUAGAUCCGGUGUGUUGUUGUUUAGUAGAUCCAGGGUGGUGGUGUUAUUUAGUGAGUCCAGGGUGGUGUUAUUUAGUGAGUCCAUUGUGUUAUUGUUUAGUAGAUCCAGGGAGUUGUUGUUUAGUAGAUCCAGGGUGGUAGUGUUAUUUAGUGACUCCAGGGUAGUGUUAUUUAGUGAGUCCAUUGUGUUAUUGUUUAGUAGAUCCAGGGAGUUGUUGUUUAGUAGAUCCAGGGUGGUGGUGUUAUGUAGUGGGUCCAGGGUGGUGGUAUUUAGUGAGUCCAGGGUGGUGUUGUUAUUUAGUGGCUCCAGGGUGGUGGUGUUAUUUAGUAGAUCCGGGGUGUUGUUGUUUAGUAGAUCCAGGGUGGUGGUGUUAUUUAGUGACUCCAGGGUAGUGUUAUUUAGUGAGUCCAUUGUGUUAUUGUUUAGUAGAUCCAGGGAGUUGUUGUUUAGUAGAUCCAGGGUGGUAGUGUUAUUUAGUGACUCCAGGGUAGUGUUAUUUAGUGAGUCCAUUGUGUUAUUGUUUAGUAGAUCCAGGGAGUUGUUGUUUAGUAGAUCCAGGGUGGUGGUGUUAUGUAGUGGGUCCAGGGUGGUGGUAUUUAGUGAGUCCAGGGUGGUGUUGUUAUUUAGUGGCUCCAGGGUGGUGGUGUUAUUUAGUAGAUCCGGGGUGUUGUUGUUUAGUAGAUCCAGGGUGGUGGUGUUAUUUAGUGACUCCAGGGUAGUGUUAUUUAGUGAGUCCAUUGUGUUAUUGUUUAGUAGAUCCAGGGUGUUGUUGUUUAGUAGAUCCAGGGUGGUGGUGUCAUGUAGUGUGUCCAGGGUGGUGUUAUUUAGUGACUCCAGGGUAGUGUUAUUUAGUGAGUCCAUUGUGUUAUUGUUUAGUAGAUCCAGGGUGGUGGUGUUAUGUAGUGGGUCCAGGGUGGUGGUAUUUAGUGAGUCCAGGGUGGUGUUGUUAUUUAGUGGAUCCAGGGUGGUGGUGUUAUUUAGUAGAUCCGGGGUGUUGUUGUUUAGUAGAUCCAGGGUGGUGGUGUUAUUUAGUGAGUCCAGGGUGGUGUUAUUUAGUGACUCCAGGGUAGUGUUAUUUAGUGAGUCCAUUGUGUUAUUGUUUAGUAGAUCCAGGGAGUUGUUGUUUAGUAGAUCCAGGGUGGUGGUGUUAUUUAGUAGAUCCGGGGUGUUGUUGUUUAGUAGAUCCAGGGUGGUGGUGUUAUUUAGUGAGUCCAGGGUGGUGUUAUUUAGUGACUCCAGGGUAGUGUUAUUUAGUGAGUCCAUUGUGUUAUUGUUUAGUAGAUCCAGGGUGGUGGUGUUAUUUAGUGAGUCCAGGGUGGUGUUAUUUAGUGAGUCCAUGGUGUUGUUGUUUAGUAGAUCCAGGGUGUUGUUGUUUAGUAGAUCCAGGGUGGUGGUGUUAUUUAGUGAGUCCAGGGUGGUGUUAUUUAGUGAGUCCAUGGUGUUGUUGUUUAGUAGAUCCAGGGUGGUGGUGGUAUUGUUUAGUGGGUCCAUGAUGUUGUUAUUGUUGUUAUUUUAUGGGUCCAGGAUGUUGUCAUUGUUAUUUUGUGGGUCCAGGAUGUUGUUACUGUUGUUUUUUAUGGGUCCAGGAUGAUGAUGAUGUUGUUGUUGUUGUUGUUGUGGGUCGGUCCCGGCCCCUAACCCUCUCCUCCUCCCCCUCCAGCCUCGUUGCUCCGUACUUUCAGCUUCUUGGGCUUUGAGAUUGUGAGACCGGGGCAUCCCCUUG